UUCUGAACGGGCUCCUCACCCAAGGAUAUACAGAGGCAGGAGCACCAGGGCUGUGAUUUCUCUUUUUUUGUUUGGAUCCAGGGCUUGCCGAUUUGACCUCAGAAAUGGACCUACGAGUAGCAACCAUCCUCCUCCUGUCCGUGGCCCUUGCGGCGGCCACUGGAAAAGGAUACGUCGUCAAGAAGGUGAUGAAGGCCCCCCAGUACCAGCCCUACUCCGUGAAGAGCCAUGUGGUGUCCGUGGCUGGAGAGCCAGGAGCACCAGGUGAGCCCGGCCCAGCUGGUCCCCCCGGAGCCCCCGGCCCCGCCGGCGAGAACGGCAUCGGAUACCCCGGCGCCGAGGGACCCGCUGGACCUCCCGGACCCGCUGGCUACUCCGCUCCCGGCAAACCCGGCACCCCCGGCGGCCCUGGCAAACCCGGCUCCAACGGUGCCCCCGGAGCCAAGGGAGAGACCGGUCACACCGGCGCCCAGGGACCCCGCGGCAUGCCCGGCCCAUCUGGAAGCCCCGGACCUGCUGGCCUCUCCGCCACCGGCAAACCCGGACCCUCUGGCAUGCCCGGCGCCAUGGGCCCAAGAGGAGAGCAGGGCGCCAAGGGACACACAGGUGCACCAGGUGCUCCAGGACAGAAGGGAGAUAGAGGUGUCGGCUAUCCCGGCCCACAGGGUGCCACAGGUGCAAUGGGUCCCAUGGGUCCCUCUGGCCCCGCAGGUGAGCCAGGUGUAGGAAAGCCCGGCAGAAUGGGUUCCCCAGGUGAGCCAGGAAAGGGAGGCGUGCCAGGUAGAGAUGGUGCUUCCGGAGCCAUGGGUGCCCCCGGCCCCAAAGGUCACACCGGCGCUCCCGGUGUCGGUCUCCCAGGUAAGCCAGGUGACAACGGCGCCCCAGGUAUGCCCGGCUCCGCUGGUGCCAGAGGCCCUCAGGGACCUUCUGGUUCAACUGGUGCUCCUGGUACCCCAGGUUACGGCAAGCCCGGUGCCAACGGUCAGAAAGGUGAGAGGGGAGGUGUAGGCAGCCCAGGAACCACAGGUCAGAAGGGAGAGCCAGGUGCCAUGGGUAGCACAGGUGCCACAGGUGCAACCGGAGCCAUGGGCUCAUCCGGCCCCCAGGGAGCUAGAGGUUUCCAGGGAGAGAGAGGCGCAACUGGCCCCAAAGGUGAUGCAGGUGCUGCAGGUAUGCCCGGACACAAGGGCUUCAAGGGAGAUCAGGGACCUCAGGGUGUUGAGGGCAAACAGGGAUACACAGGUGCCCCCGGCUCAGUCGGCCCAAGAGGAGCUACCGGAGCCACUGGCGCUAAAGGCGAGAAUGGUCACCCAGGUGCCACUGGCGCCCCAGGUUCCUCCGGACCCGCCGGACCCAAGGGCAACACCGGCUACACAGGUGCUGCAGGUGACAAAGGUGACGCAGGUGCCCCUGGACCCAGAGGCCCAGUUGGCCCAUCAGGACCUUCCGGUUCUCCCGGCCUCAAGGGUCACCCCGGUCUGCCCGGCACACCUGGCCCCGCUGGCGUAACCGCCAAGGGCAUCCCCGGACCCCAGGGUCCUCCUGGACUCCCAGGUACUGAUGGCCAGGACGGUAUCCCCGGCCCAGUCGGUCCCCCCGGACCCCCUGGCCCCCCUGGUGAGGUUAUCUUUGAGAAGAGCAUGGGCAUGGGCCCUGGCGAGAUCACUAUGGUCAAAGCCCCCAUGUCUGCCUUCAGCGCCACCACCUCCACCCCCUACCCUCCCUCUGGCGAGCCAAUUAAGUUCGAGCACAUUGUGUACAACGCUGAGAAUCACUAUGACCCCGAGAGCGGUGUCUUCACCUGCCAGGUGCCAGGAGUCUAUUACUUCUCCUACAACAUGCACGUGAACGGCGCUAACGCCCUGGUCGCCCUGUUCAAGAACGAGGAGCCCGUGAUGUUCACUUACGACGAGUACAACAAGGGCUUCCUGGACCAGAUGUCCGGCAGCGCCGUCCUUCAGCUCAACGAGCAGGACACCGUGUACAUCAAGAUCCCCGAUGACGAGGCCAACGGCGUCUUCGCUGCCGACAAUGUCCACUGUUCCUUCUCUGGCUUCCUGAUCGCCUCUACGUGAUAACGUGAUCGAGCCAUUCAAGCCACCAUUUCUAAAUCCGUGAAAUGUUUCUCUUGAGUAAAAUAAGUGGCCUGUUGUGAGUUGACCAGACAGGAUGCUCUUUAUUUUUGAGAAAUAGAGGCAUCUUGACUUGAAACUCCACGCAAAAAAGGGUGCUGAUGAGGAUAAGGUAAUUUAUAAAAACAGGUUAUCAGGGAUUGGAUAUCAACAAACAGCAUGAUCAGAGAUACUGUUUUUGUUUUGUUUUGGGUAUUUGUUUUUUUUUUAUUAUUUUUUUUAUUUGUUUGUACUUGCUUUGUUUUUGUGAGUGGAUACAGCAUGUGAAGGUUUAAGUUUAUUUUGUGUUUUGGUCAUUUCCUAUCUCCAAUUUUCCUUUUUUUACACCAGGUGCUCAAAAUGUGUUAAUGUCCGUUUUUUUCACAAUGUUUUCAUGGCCUUUUUAAUAACUAUAUUAAAUUACAUAACAAUAUGUGAUACGUUUAUGCACAAUGUUGUUUCUGACAUCAUUGUAUCUGACUUGAAUAUUGUGAAAUGGUCAAAUUGAUCAUCAAGAAUCAUACGAGAUAUAACACAAAA